CUCGCCGCUUCCCAACCGCCCGAGUCCGUCCGCGGCCAGGCAGCGGUGGGGAUGGCGAGCCGCGGAGCCAGGGCGGUGACGAGCGCAGCGGCUCCGCCAUUGGGCAAGGAAGCCUGAGGGACGGCCUGGCUGGGUGCAUAGGGACACCGGAACCGGCAGCCUCGGCAGAGCGAGGGUGAUGGAGACCAACGUGCCGAAGCGGAAGGAGCCUGCCAAGUCCCUCCGCAUCAAAGUCAUCUCCAUGGGCAACGCCGAAGUGGGGAAAAGCUGUAUUAUAAAGCGCUACUGUGAGAAGAGGUUUGUGUCUAAAUACCUGGCAACAAUUGGAAUUGACUAUGGGGUCACAAAGGUUCAAGUCAGAGACAGAGAAGUCAAAGUUAACAUCUUUGACAUGGCUGGACAUCCCUUCUUUUAUGAGGUCCGAAAUGAAUUUUACAAGGACACACAAGGCGUGAUACUGGUCUAUGACGUGGGACAGAAGGACUCGUUUGAUGCCCUUGAUUUAUGGCUGGCAGAAAUGAAGCAGGAGCUUGGGCCUCACGGGAACAUGGACAAUAUCGUCUUUGUUGUAUGUGCCAACAAGAUUGACUGCACCAAACACCGCUGUAUUGAUGAAAGUGAGGGGCGUCUUUGGGCUGAAAGCAGGGGGUUCCUGUACUUUGAAACAUCAGCACAAACUGGAGAGGGAAUCAAUGAGAUGUUCCAGACCUUUUAUGUGUCCAUAGUUGACUUGUGUGAAAAUGGCGGGAAGCGUCCUACUGCAAAUAACAGUGCUAGUUUCACCAAAGAACAAGCAGACACCAUUCGCAGAAUUCGAAAUAGUAAGGACAGUUGGGACAUGCUGGGAGUCAGACCUGGGGCCUCAAGGGAGGAAGUCAAUAAGGCCUACCGGAAGCUGGCUGUACUGCUUCACCCAGACAAAUGUGUAGCGCCUGGCAGUGAAGAUGCCUUCAAAGCAGUUGUGAAUGCCCGGACAGCCCUCCUGAAAAACAUCAAGUAGAAGGCAGAGGAAACAACAGGCGGGCUCAAGUGCAAACAGACUCCUCUUGAGGUGAAAUAGCCAACAUGGAUUUUUCCUUCACAAAUGCUCACUGUUCGGUUCCCUCAUGUGCUGUCAUUUGUAAGCUAAUAGUAUGGGUGCCUGUUGCCAUGUUGUGGGCCCUUUGCAGUGAGGUGACUGCUUUUGUGUGAGAGAGAGCUCCACAUCUCUAUGCAUUGCAUUUCUUAUUGCCAGAUAACUCAGUGUUCGUAAUUGUAGCAUCGCUUAGGCAUUGGCUUCUGAAAGUCCAUGAGGCUUCUAGAGAAGGGGAGGCUAGCAGGACACUUAGACUGACCUGCCUCUCCUCCCACCCACCCAUCCAUGUGCCAUCAUCAGAGAAGGGAAUAAGAUCAGGAAAGACAAUGACAAGCCAGCAGAUAGCACCCAGCCCCUGGGAGCUUCGCAUUCCUGCUUCUUGGCUAGUAUUUUAACAAUCAGUCUAUAGUUAGAGUCAGGCAUGGGGGCUCAUGCCUAUCAUCCCAGCACUCAGGAGGAUGAGGCAGGAGGAUUGUGAGUUUGAGGCCAAUCUGGACUACAUGGUGAGACUCUUUCAAACAAAAAAGGAAAAACCCGCCCCCUUGGAGAAGAAUGGAAAGUGAAGUGACACUGUUCUGUCGACCUGCCUUUUAGGAGAUUUCACUCUGUUCCUUCUUCAACCAGCAGGGGGAGGGAUGAGCCAGUGCUAAGAGAAAGGUAGUACCCAGAGGCGAUGGGGACCCCGAAGCCCACCCUAGAUCCCAGGUCUUUGCUCUGCCCUAGAACUAGUUGUCAGCAAGCAGCAAGGAGUGCUGUGCCCCUGGGAAUGAGGGACCAGAGGCCAAGACAGAAGCACUAGAAGGUGUGCUGUAGAUUACUCGGGAGCAUGUGCCCAGCCACACCACACAGAGGAAAGGCCAGCUGAGCUCAGGUGUAUUGGGCACUAGGAGGGACCCUAUGUAAGACUUGUCCCUUUCCUCAUUCCUUACCACAGGGGGUGGCAGAGGCAGGCAAUUCUCUUCCACAAGCAAGUCUCUUUCUUCAGCACCAGUGUUAAUCCAUUUCUCCUCUCACCCCACUCUACUGUUGUACCCCACAUCCACCAUGACCUCUCUUCUUGAAUCCCUAGCAUUGCCCUAGGCUCAGCUGACUGGAAAUAAGUAUGAUGUGCUGGGGGCACAGUGGGGCAUCUUGGGCCUAUGUAGGGCAGAAUCUCUACAGUUUAUGUUAGGCUCCAAAUUUCUGAAGAGAAUUUUUAAACUACAAGUAUGAAAACUCAUUUUGCACAGAGAACCAUUCCUCACGCUAUUGGCCCUGCCUAGUACACAGCGCCGGAUGGAGCUGGAUGGACCAUUGGGGCUGCGUUUCCUACAGCACUUAGGGGAGCGAGCUCAUUGCUUGACUCAUGUCUCUUAGCUCUCUUAGCUGUGUUACUCAUAUUUUUAGCUUCAGCCACCUGUGCUAACUGGAGCUUUGAAGGAUAUAAAAACAUUACUAGGCUGUGACUUUUAAACACCUAUCCCGUAAUGGUUGCUGGAUAACAUCUCUCUUACCUAGGAAGACAAGCCCCUGUCUUAUCAUCCAAGCCACUGCAGUUUUGUGGAUUAUUUCCUUCCACGUAGUAGCCUCACUUUGCAUGGCUGUGCUCAGCUAUACUGAGCUUGAAAAUGCUGUCCUUCAUGAAUUCAGAUCUGUGAAAAAAGAUAAGGAGAUCUGAUAUGUGGCCUGAUGAUUUCCUCUGGUUCUUGAGCUAGCUUCUCGGAUGAGAGAAUUCCACUCCAGCUUCUUGUGGGCCUCAGUUCUGUUUGAGGCUUCUCUCAUGCCUAACGUACCCCACUAUCCAACUGCUCUUUGAACAGAAGGUGGGAGUCCUGUGGAUGAGGGGUUGUUUUUGGUGCUGUCAGCCCGAGUGUGGGGCCCAGUCUUCGCCAUGGUUGUUAAAGACACCUUAUUCAGCAGCAUGGGCAGAUGAAGUCAUAGCAGGGCACUCCAGUGUCCCCAUUCGGAUCCCUUAGAGGGGCUAAGACUCUGUUUCUAAGACCUUACUCGUUAGCAUUUAGGGUGGCUGUACUACUUCAUGUGUGUAAUAGUGAUGAGUUGGAAAGGUUGAGCUUCAGGACCCCAGGGUUUUUCUAAUUUCCAUAAGCCCAUCUAAGCAGGGCUUUAGAACCAUCAGAGCCUGCAUCAAAAUGAACCUUAUCUUCUUGAAACCCCUUACAGCCCUCCAAGUUCACUGAACUUCUCAGCACAGGUGUGUGCUUCAUCCUUGAUGCUCUUUAAAACCCUUCACCCAGUUAAGAUCUCAGAACAUCAGCAGGAGUCACAACUCAAGUUAUUUCAGUGGCUAAAAAUUUAUAAAGGACCUUGUUUCCCCAAAAAAAGGAAUUAAAGAAAAGCCUUGUCUUCUACAUCUGAGUCAUCAACAAGUUUGUCACUUCUUCAACUUGUUGGAAAUCCCUGGAGGCAUUUCAGAGUAACUCUUCCAGCCAUCUCAAGCACUUUAAAGCAUAUCCCCCUUUUGUGUUAGAGACUGUCCUCUCCUCCUGUGCCUCUCUAUGAAUGGCUGUUCUCCGAUGUCAGCGUCUCUUACUUAAGCACUGCCACUUUAUUUCCCCAUUUAAAUGUGCCCGUGGUUUUAUCAGCCUGGUAACUUAAGAGUCCAGAUGUCUAGGAUAAAAUGGCUGUCAUUCUAUAAACUGUUCACCAUUCUUUAAGGCUUAUAUUUACCUCAGGAAACUUAUUCUAGUAUGUUCUCACCAAUUGAAAUCUCAAGUGAUAAAUACUUCUUUACACCUACACACUGGUACCUAAUUCUGUCUUAGUUCAGUGAGCCAUAGGUCAGGCAGCUAGAUGGUUAGUGAGCCAUAAGUCGGGCGGCUAGAUGGCUGAAAGCUCAUUGGAGUAAAACAAGGAGUGCCUGCCAGCACUGAAUCAGGGACAAGUGGCUAUUCCAACCAGAGUGGCAUCUGUCACCAGUAAGAUGAAGGGAUUGCCUUUGGCAGUGACAGUGUCCUAUUCCAGGUCUGGAAUGGCAUUUUUCUCACACUGCAGCCCAUGAAGCUAAGUCCCUCAGCAUUUUUAGAGAACUUUUGAAAAUGAAUUUAGUUGCAUAAUCAAGCUGAGCAAUUUCCACUGUGGGCUUCACAAGCAAGGAGCUGCUCACCCUGCUCAUCCUGGUGCUGAACACAGCUGUAGACAUGGUUAGUGCCCCUAGGACAUUAGCUGAUGGUACCAUUAGCUGUCUCUGGGGAGGAUGGAUGUGUUCACUUGUGGUGCAGGUGGGCAGUGGUUGUGUCUAUCACACAGUGUGGUGCCCGGCUGUCUGGUAAAGGCUCUUGGUGGGAGGACUGUUACUGUAAAGUUGGGCAGUUUGGGUUAGCUCCCUGCACUGAUUAUGCUGUGCACAUUCUUUCCCUUGACUGUGAAUGCUCUUACAAGGUAAUUUACAUAUUUGCUUUCUGUUGAAAUGACUGAAAGUGUAAAAUCUACCAGUUGUUUAUGUCUUGUAUACAGAGUGUCAUAUGUAUUUAAGUUGUGUAUUUUUAUAGAGUAAAGUCAAAUAGCAAACUCUG